AUGCGAACUGCGACAGUGCUGGCGGCCGCCGGCCAGAUUUUAGUAGCCAUGGCAGCAGGACCUUUGGCUGGAAAUGACCGAUUUGCGCGGCAGACAGUCGCAGCGGGGGACAACGGGUACGGUUAUGAUGUGGGACAGUCGCCGGUGCCGACACCCGAUCCCGCCCGGGCACUGUGGGGCCGGAUGCCGGACCUGGCCGGCCGCGCCGAGUCGCUUGGGGCUAAUACCUGCGGGAUUGUCACCAACGGGCCAAGGAGUACCUUUCCAAUCACUUGCGCCAGUCGUCCCUGUCAAACGAAUGGCAACUUUAUGGGAUGUGAUAAGCAACCCUUUACCAAAUGCUUCCUCAGCUCGGCGUCGCAAUGCAAACAGUCUUCACUAGCACCAGGCGUCUUAUGCUGCACGCAAACCACGAACGGCUGGACACCCCGAUGCGCAACCUUCUUGAAAGACGACGGCAGAUUGGACUUUAGAACGCGAUUGGCGUGUGCGCACUCCAGCUUGAGCGGGACCCUGACGAUGACGAUGAUUGCAGCCACCGACGAGGCGGCCUUUUUCAGCAGCGGCGGUACAGUGACGGCAACGGAUCCCAUGCCGACGGUCUCGUCCCCGAGCGAGACAUCUUCGCCGUCAAGUGGUGGCUCGUCUUCGAAUACGGGCGCAAUUGUGGGUGGAGUUGUCGGAGGUGUCGCUGUGGUGGCCAUCGCAGCCUGCGUCAUCGUUUGGCUGGUCGUGCGAAAGAGGCGAGACGCCAGGAGCAAGACUCCGCCACCUCCGGGGCAAGAGCCUUAUUUGAGCCCUGGUCAGAGCCAUGCUCCGUCUUCGAGCCCGCAGUACCACUACGCGGGGACAGAAGAGCAGUACAAGUACCAGGCGGUGCCUCCCGUUUAUCCGCCUGCCCCGGUGAUCCAUGAGGCACCCGGGGACACGCAACCUAAUAAUAGCAUCCCUCGAGCGGAACUGGAAGACAGACAGGUUGGGAGAUGA